GCCAUUUUACUACUUGUUAAUUCUAUUAAUACACAAACUCACUCACACACCAAAACACAUCUCAAACCCUCAAAUCUCUUUUCUCUCUUCUUUGAUGGCUUCAUUUGCUGUCCAGUUAACCUUUUGCUUCCUUGUUGCUGCUUUUUGCUUCAUUGGAGAAAAUGUUGAAGCUAGAGAAGGUAACCUCUUCUUUAGCAAGUUCACUCACGUAGAUCGUCCAAACAACAAAGAGGUAGCUCUAACCUCAGCUCCCGCUCCGGGCCUAGCACAAGCCAAUGGAAGACUCGGUGAUGGGCCUUUCGGACCAGGUUCAGGUAUGAUUCCUCAAACCAAAGAGUCGUGGCCGGUCUCAUCUACGACCACAGACGAGGAGUUCGAGAAAUUGAUGGCUACAUUUGACGAAGAAAAGAACAACAACCAACUACCGGAAGAGUUUGAGAAGGAAGAAGAGUCCCGAGAAUCAGAAGAUCUUAGUGAGAAAAAGGACAAGUACAACUAUAAUGGAUACACUUACACUACAAACAAUUAUAAUGAUAAUAGGAGAGGCUACGGUAGAGAAGAAGAGAGACAAGGGAUGCGUGAUACAAGGUUUGCAGAGAACGGUAAGUACUUCACCAACACAAGAGGUCGGAGCUCCGAAAAUGCCCCUAGCCGCAGGUAUGAGAGCGCUCAAGGAAAUGAUCAUCCAUACGAGUUCGACACUAUGGAGGAAUACUACAAGAGCUUGGAAGGUAGUCAUGAGGAGUUUGAGCCUUGAAAAGUCGAUACGAUUUCGUUUGAGAUGCAAAAGAACUUUUGGAGUAAUUGUAAAAUCUCAAUUUACCUUUA